UGCAUGUACUAUGAAUAAAUUAAAAGGUACUUCUUCUUUUUUAAACUCAAAGAUUAUCAAGAACGUAACGCCUUCUUAGCUCUCACUCUAAUUGCUUUGUCACUGAUUCCCCAGAGAUGGAUUAUGAAGUAGCAGAGCUAAAAUGGGAAAAGGGAGAGGUAGUGAUGCAUGGGUUAGGUCCUCCAGGCGUGCCUUGUUAUUAUAAGCCUUUAUCGACUCCUUCUCCAACAAAAUACACGUGGGACGAUAAGCCACAUGCUGCUGCAGGUGGCACACUUGAAUCCAUAGUGAACCAAGCUACGACUCAUAAUAUUGACAUCGGUGACGAGGGUGGUGAUGAUGAUGAUUUAGUGAGUUGGUUUGAUGAUUGUCUUCCUGAAACGUCCAUGGAUAUUGUGGCCGUAGUUCCAACAAGUUGUACUAACUAUAAUCAACAAGUGCCCCCGUCCACACGUGUUGCAUCAUGCAGUGGUGAUGCAGAGAUGGCACGUGUGGGAAUGGGAUCUAGCUUUGAGGAAAUAUCGGAAGACUUUGAGAAUCAAGAGGCUAAGAACUUGAUCGGCUCAAUGGUAUACGAGGGCAAAAAUAACACUGUGAGCCCGGGAGAGACAAGUUUGGGUGAGGAAAGAGUACUUACAACAACAUCUACCUUUAAGCAUAAUAAAAGGAAGACACUGAAUAAUCAUGAUAGCAGAGGUCAGGAGUCGAGAGAUAAUGAGGAUGAGGAUGAGAAAAAAAGAUCCAAAAUUUCUUCAUUUUCAACAAAAAGGUGCAGAGUUGCUGCUACUCACAACCAGUCUGAACGAAAAAGAAGAGACAAGAUAAACCAAAGGUUGAAGACAUUGCAGAAGUUAGUUCCAACAUCGAGUAAGACUGAUACGGCAUCAAUGUUAGAUGAGGUGAUAGAAUAUUUGAAGCAACUACGAGCUCAAGUUAAAGCCAUGAGCAUGAUGAUUCAUGUUAACAUGCAGCCACCCCCUAUGAUGUUACCAAAUAUGGCAUUCCAACAACAACAACAACAAUUUCAAAUGUCAAUGAUGGGGAUGGCUAGACCCAUCGAUGUCAAUGCCCUUAGCAGCCCCAACAUAACAACAAUCCCAUCGAUUCUCCAUACCACCGCACCCUCUAAUUUCAAUAACCCUCCUAUUGCCUCCCCUGGAGCUGAUCCUUUAGCUUCCUUGGUCGCAGUACGCCAAUUAUCACAGCCUAUGACGAUGGAUGCUUAUAGCAGGAUGGCAGCAUUGUACCAACAAUAUCUACAGUCAAAUGCAAAUCUUGGCUUUAAAAAUUGAUGUAUAGCACUGUUGUGGAGUUUGAAAACUUUUUUCCUUGAUCAAUUGCAAUAAGAUUGACCAUAGCCUAUUGACAGUUCAACUACUAAAUUUGGUGUUACGUUCCAAGAUACAUGAUGAAGAAACAUAAUAGAAUAUGUAAAUUAAAUAUGAUUGAUUUAUUUUUUACACUUUAAUAGCAUACAAAGUGUACCAUAGUAUGAUGUGAUUUUUUUCCUCUUUUGAAAAAAUAGAAGAUUUUUCCAUAAAUAGCUCAAGUUUGAAUCGUAAUUAUCAUUAACAGUUAUAAUUUGUCUAAUUAUGAUUCCUAAUAGCAGCUUGAGAGAGGAGCGAGGAGCGUGAAAUUGAGAAAGAGAGAGAGGAUUGAGGAGCGUGCAAUUGAGAAAGAGAGAGAGGAGAAAUGCUAGAUACAGGCUAAUAAAUGUUGUGUAAGGUACAUACGGGCAGAAGAA